CGGUGGCCCGCCCCUCCGCACUCCCGGCGGUAGCGAUCCCCGCGCUCCCCCGCUCGGCGCGAAGCCCUGGCCCCGGCGGCCGGGGCAUGGGCCAGGGGCGCGGGGUCAGGAGGCUUCCCGCGGGGCCCCGACCUGUACUGGCUUCGUCAUGAAGACCCUCAUAGCCGCCUACUCCGGGGUCCUACGAGGCACUGGCUCCAGCAUCCUCUCCGCCCUCCAGGACCUGUUUUCUGUCACUUGGCUCAAUAGGUCCAAGGUAGAGAAGCAACUCCAAGUCAUCUCGGUGCUACAGUGGGUCCUGUCUUUCCUCGUGCUGGGAGUGGCCUGCAGCGUCAUCCUCGUGUACACAUUCUGCACCGAUUGCUGGCUCAUCGCGGUGCUCUACUUCACCUGGCUGGUGUUUGACUGGAACACACCCAAGAAAGGUGGCAGGAGGUCACAGUGGGUCCGAAACUGGGCUGUGUGGCGCUACUUUCGAGACUACUUUCCCAUUCAGCUGGUGAAGACACAUAACUUAUUGACCAGCAGGAACUACAUCUUUGGGUACCAUCCCCAUGGCAUCAUGGGCCUGGGUGCCUUCUGCAACUUCAGCACAGAGGCCACAGGAGUGAGCAAGAAGUUCCCUGGCAUAAGGCCCUACCUGGCCACGCUGGCCGGCAACUUCCGGAUGCCAGUGCUGCGGGAGUACCUGAUGUCUGGAGGCAUCUGCCCAGUGAACCGGGACACCAUAGACUACUUGCUUUCAAAGAAUGGGAGCGGCAAUGCCAUCAUCAUCGUGGUGGGGGGUGCGGCUGAGUCCCUGAGCUCCAUGCCCGGCAAGAAUGCAGUCACCCUGCGCAAUCGCAAGGGCUUUGUGAAACUGGCCCUGCGCCAUGGAGCUGACCUGGUUCCCAUCUACUCCUUUGGGGAGAAUGAGGUGUACAAGCAGGUGAUCUUUGAGGAGGGCUCCUGGGGCCGAUGGGUGCAGAAGAAGUUCCAGAAGUACAUUGGCUUCGCCCCAUGCAUCUUCCAUGGUCGAGGCCUCUUCUCCUCCGACACCUGGGGGCUGGUGCCCUACUCCAAGCCCAUCACCACUGUCGUGGGUGAGCCCAUUACCAUCCCCAAGCUGGAGCACCCGACCCAGCAGGACAUCGACCUGUACCACGCCAUGUACAUGGAAGCCCUGGUGAAGCUCUUCGACCAGCAUAAGACCAAGUUUGGCCUCCCGGAGACCGAGGUCCUGGAGGUGAACUGAGCCUGUCCGCAGGGGCCAGCUUCUGGGAGGAACCAGCUGCAAAUCGUUUUCUACCAAGUUCUCAAGUGCUUUUUGUUCUGUAAAUUUGGAAGCGUCAUGGGUGUCUGUGGGUUAUUUAAAAGAAAUUAUAAUAAUUUUGUUAAACCAUUACAAUGUUAGGUCUUUUUUAAGGAGGAGAAAGGGAAUAUUUCAAGCUCUCUCACUUCCAGUUUGCCCUGUUCCAGGUGGGGGCUGCCACAUGUGGGUCUUUAUGGUUUCACAACCCCUCUUCUCUCCUUCCCCAAAUUACAGAGAAAACUCAGUCCUAGUUAACUGGGGAAGAAGGACAGUCAUUAGUGACUCGGGCCAUAGAUUAUUUGCCCUUUGGCCCUGAGGGAUGAGGGGCAGAAGCCUCCUCUAAUACAAACAUCUCUAUGCCCAGCUACCCAAUGCUUGACUGCAGGACUAAACCCUCUUGCCAAGGGAAGACUCAGGAAACAGGUGUUCCCAUGUUGAAGAGCGCAAGGAUAAGCACCUGGAAUAUUCAAGCCCGAUUCUCCUUUCAGCCACCCCCUAUGGCCCCAGUCUCUGAAAUCUGAGCCUGGACUGGUCUCCAAAGAGAGGAUCAGGGUGGUAAUGUUCCUGUGCUGGAGAACACAGCUGUCCAGAUGAACCAUCUCUUGGGUUAUCAGGCCCCAUCACGUUCUGGUUGGAGUGACUGGUUUUCCUCAGGGGGCUGGUGACAUGGACCCAGUGCAGACCCUGCAUUGGCCUAAAUCACAAACUUCUCAGUGGCCUCGCUUUGUUUAAAUCACAUUGUCGGUAGUGGAUGCGAGGAAGGGGUCCCCUUUCCUGUUUACAGAGGGACCUAAGCAGUAGACUGGUACCAGAACAGAAGUUCCCUGAGCCCAAACCUCAUAUAUUUGUGUUUUUCCUGAGAGAGGGGGCCAGGGAGAAAAAGUAGUCCUCUGUGUACUCUGUUUUCUUUUGAUGAGAUCAUUAUACUAUGUCAGACUUUUGUAUAUUCCUAAAUGAAUAAAUGAAAACAAGUGCCCUCCAUGAGUUAUUGUUGGGGCCACAUCAGCAUCUUCCUGCUGAUGUUUGGGGAGACCACCGCCCCAGCCGGGCUGCCUGCUGAGCCCUCUCCUGCUCUCCCCUUCAGUCCACAUGGCCCUUGGUGGUAUAUUCGUUAUCAAUUGCUGUGUAAUAAAUUACUCCAAAACUUGGUGGCUGCAAAUAACAUUGUCUACAGUUUCUAAGGGUCAGUAGUCAAGGUACAGCCUAGCUGGAUCUGCUUCAAGGUCUCAUACAAGGCUGCAGUCAAGGUAUCAGCUGGGCUGUCGUCAUCCCAAGGCUUAACCUGGGGAGGAUCCACUUCCAAGGUCAUACUUUUGACGGCUGGUGGGAUUCACUUCUCACUGGCUUUGACCCAAGGCCACUCCCAGUUCCUUGCCACAUGGGCCUUUUGGUAGAGUAGCUCACAGCAUGGCAGUUGGCUGCAUCAGAGAGAGUAAGCAAGAAGAACCAGAGUGCAAACAGAAAUAUCAGUUCAUUUCAGUUCAGUCGCUCAGUCGUGUCUGACUCUUUGCGACCCCAUGAACUGCAGCACGCCAGGCUUCCCUGUCCGUCACCAACUCCCGGAGCUUACUCAAACUCAUAUCCAUCGUGUCGGUAAUGCCAUCCAACCAUCUCAUCCUCUGUCGCCCCCUUCUCCUCCCACCUUCAAUCUUUCCCAGCAUCAGGGUCUUUUCCUUUGAGUGGGUUCUUCGCAUCAGGUGGCCAAAGUAUUGGAGUUUCAGCUUCAGCAUCACAGAAACCAUAGUCUUCUAUAAUCUAAUCUCAGCAGUGACAACCUAUCACUUUUGCCAUAUUCUUCUUUAGAUGGAAGUCACUACAUCCAGCUCAUACUCGUGAGGAUUACACAACAGACAGUGAACACCAGGGGGCUGGGCUCACUGGAGCCCCCUUCACAGCUGCCUUCCUCCUGUGGGAAAGGCUACUCUCCUGCAGUAAAGGUCCUGGAAUAGCUGUGCUAGAAAGGUCCAUAUGGAUCACUCAACCAUGCUCCUCACUUCUGGCCUUAGGUAUACCACAACUAAGGCCUGGCCUGCUGGCAUCUAGUGAUUUCAUGCUACACCUGGAUCUCACAAGAUGCUGUCUCUCUGUUCUAAUUCCAUUCAGUUCAAAGAGUACCAAAUACUUGGGAAUCUUUCCCAUUUGAGCUAAAGGAACUUCCCAUUUUCCACUGCCUAACGCCUGUCCUGGGGCUUUCUGGAUGGCACUAAUAAAGAACCUGCCUGUCAAUGCAGGAGACGUGGGUUCGAUCCCUGGGUCUGGAAGAUCUCCUGGAGGAGGGACUGGCAGCCCACUCCAGUAUUCUUGCCUGGAAAAUCCCAGGGACAGAGGAGCCUGGAAGCUUAUGGUCCAUAGGGUCACACAGAGUCUGACAUGACUGAAGCAACUUAGAAUGCACACAUGCAAUGCCUGUCCCAACCAUUUACCUCAGGGACCAUUUCUCUUUGUCAGAAGCUGUGAGCUUGGGAGCAGAAACAAACAGCUGGAAACAGCUGAGGAUACUCAGAGUGGUCAGAGCUGUGACAGAGAGGCCCCUAGUCCAACACUGGUGGUCCUUGGUGAGCUGGGGCCCCAGCCUGAGCUGGGACUUAAUGGGUGACUGGAAAUUUGCCAGGAAGGGCAAAGUAGCAAAGUGCAGACCAGAGAGGCUGCUAAUCUGAACCACAGAGUGGUAAAGGUAGAGAGGUCUGCAAGGGGCUUCCCAUGGAAGGGCAGGGAGCUGGCUUCUCCAGAGUUUUUCUGUGGGGAGGCGGGCAGGGCAGAGAGGAGGUGCCCUGGAGGGGCCGACAGAGACUGGAUUCUGUGGCUCCAGGCAGGUCUUAGGCCUCAGGACACUGAGCCUGGGUUAGAGAACAGACAUUUCCUUUAGGAUCGGGGAAAGGCCCGUUUUCUGAUUCAACUCCUGUACCAGCCCCAGCCUGAGGCUAGCUAUGACCCUCAGCAUCUGACUUCAGACUAAGCUAGGCUACCCCUAUAAACACAGCCCAGUGUUCUCAGCAUUAAUUUUGUGAAGAUUAAAUACCUACUCUGCAUCAAGAAACUCCAUCAUCUCUACUUAAGAACAUGAACAAUAAGGAGGCUGCAAAUGUUGGAGGGGCCAUCUUCACCUGGGGCAAUGUAUAGUCAGCCCUCCAUAUCCAUGGAUCCUGCAUCUGCAGAUAUGUAGGGCCAGCUGUACUACUGUAUUUUUUAUGAGGGAUUUGAGCAUUCUCAAAU